AUGUAUUCCGGCAAGAGCCACCGUCGCCAUGAACACGGGAGGAAGAGCGAUAAGAGAGAUAGCCAGAAAGACCACAAAAUCAUUAGCACAGCUGGCAGCGCCAAGCCCGAGAAAUCGUCAUCAACAUCAUCAUCAUCAUCAUCUCCUCCUCCCCUCAGCUUCCUUUUUGUUGUCAACGAGCUCGAUGUUAUCGACGAGGGCCACGGCCGCGGUCCCUUCGUCGAUAGAUUCGGCAGCCCCCUCCCGCCCGAGGGCAUCGAAUGCUACGGCGAUGAGACCGUCGGGGCCGUGUGGCGAUACCAGAACGGGACCGUCACCGCGGCGCCCGAGUACUUUUGGAACCGGCCCCGGCGGGGCUCGCCCGGCGACAUCGCAACCUUCCAUCACGCCUUCGACGACAUGGGCCAGCCCGUGUCCUACUACCACCCCAUGGUGACGUACUCGACGCACAGCGUCUUCAACUGCUGGCGCUUCCUCCCCUGCAUCUGGACCAGCACCGACAUCUCGACGGUCGCGACGAUGGACUUCAAUAUCGACCACAAGUGGUCGCCGCUGGGGUUCCGACACGACCCCCACGAGCCCGGACGCACCCGCAUCCUGGGCCCGGAACGGUCCGUCGCCGACAGGGAUCCGUCGUGGGUCCCGCACCUCCUGCCGAGCACGUACGCGGCGCCCCAGUCGGCGCCGCCUUCCAGGGGUCUCGGCGGGCCUUUCGGGAUCGUGAUCGGCCUCCUCGGCCUGGCCAGGAGGCCCGGCCAUGCGGACGACGCCUUCAGGGACGGGCUCUGGAGCCACGGUCGCCUGGCAGGCAGCCGCUCAGGGCGUGCGGGUGAGCGAGAGUCUCCCUUCGGCCAACAAGCCCUGUGUCGAUGGCUAACGUCGAGACUUAAUCAGAACCUGACGCAAAAGGUCCUCCGCGAGGGGUCAUGGUCCGCAUCUGCUAUGACUGUGACAACCUGUCCGGAUCGACGUAUGAUGCCAUUUUUUCCUUUGAACAGAGAGGCGUAG